AUUUACGUGGUUAUUUAGUUUGAAAAAGGAAAACAAGUAUAUUCUGUGGGAUUGAAGAAGUUGAUUUGAACUGAUUAACAAAAAAUAAUUUAGAAUGAAUGGAAGCGGAAUAGAAGCAACAGUGAAGGGAUUUGUUUAAAAGAAAAUAGCAAUGAUGAUUAUAAUUAUUAGGUUAAAUGAAGGUUGUCAGCUGCUUUGAAUUCGUAAGUGGACGCCGGAGAUUGGAAGAGAAAGAUGCGCUUGAUCUGUUCCAAGUUUCAUUUCCAACUCUUCCCAGAAGAUUGGUGCUUGGACGGGAUGGGCAGCUGCACUGCAGAGUAUAUGGUUGAUAGCAAAUACUAGAGAAUCUAUUAAGGUUUCCUGGCUGAAUUAUGGCUUCUGCAAGCCUAGGAAAUGGUGGAGCAGGUAGUUCAAGGUCUGUCAACGGUUUCAAAAGUUCUUCUAGUUCUGUUGAUUGGCUGGGGAGAGAAAUGCUUGAAAUGAGAUUGACAGACAAAGUGGACCAUGACGAAGACAGAGACAGUGAACCUGAUGUAGUUGAUGGAGUGGGUGCUGAAACAGGGCAUGUGAUAAGAACAACCAUUGGUGGUCGAAAUGGUCAUUCAAAGCAGAAUGUCAGUUAUAUUGCUGAGCAUGUGGUUGGAACUGGUUCUUUUGGUGUUGUUUUCCAAGCAAAAUGUCGUGAAAAUGGAGAAAUUAUUGCCAUCAAGAAGGUUCUACAAGACAAGCGUUACAAGAACAGGGAGUUACAGAUUAUGCAAAUGCUGGACCAUCCAAAUAUAGUGUCCCUUAAGCAUUAUUUUUUCUCAAAAACAGACAAGGAGGAACUCUACCUCAAUCUUGUUCUUGAGUAUGUUCCUGAGACUGUUAAUCGCACAGCAAGAAGCUACACCCGGAUCAACACACGAAUGCCUUUAAUAUAUGUUAAACUCUAUACCUAUCAGAUUUGCAGAGCACUUGCCUAUAUACACAACUGCAUUGGUAUAUGUCACCGUGAUAUUAAACCUCAAAACUUACUUGUGAAUCCACAUACACAUCAGCUGAAAAUUUGUGAUUUUGGGAGUGCUAAAAUGCUGGUAAAGGGAGAGCCUAAUGUUUCUUACAUCUGCUCGAGAUAUUAUCGUGCUCCUGAACUCAUAUUUGGUUCUACUGAGUACACAACUGCCAUAGAUAUAUGGUCCACUGGUUGUGUGAUGGCUGAGUUGCUUCUUGGACAGCCACUGUUUCCUGGUGAGAGCGGGGUCGACCAAUUAGUUGAAAUCAUUAAGGUUUUGGGGACUCCAACAAGGGAGGAGAUCAAGUGCAUGAACCCGAACUACACUGAAUUCAAGUUUCCCCAGAUAAAACCACAUCCAUGGCACAAGGUCUUCCAAAAGCGUUUACCUCCAGAAGCAGUAGACCUUGUCUGUAGGUUUUUUCAGUACUCUCCUAAUUUGCGAUGCACUGCUUUGGAGGCUUGCGUUCACCCUUUCUUUGAUGAAUUGAGGGACCCAAAUGUUCGCCUUCCCAACGGCCGUCCUCUACCACCUCUCUUCAAUUUCAAGCCUCAAGAGCUCUCUGGUAUCCCUCCAGAAGUUGUCAAGAAACUUAUUCCGGAGCAUGCUUGCAAGCAGAAUUUAUUCAUGGCACUGCACACUUAGCAACCAUUCCAAGUUUCUUGGGUUCCUACUAGCAAAUCUGAGGCCAUUUGAUCUGUAUCAACAUAAGCAAAAGAUCCCUGACCUGACUUGCAUCAUCGAUGUAGUGAAAGAAGUGUUAGAGAACAAGUGAGUAGAAGGGAGGAGAGGCAAGGCUUUGAAUGCUGGUGAAGCUGUUUUGCUGUUCAGUUUGUGGAUGCAAUUAUUAUAAGUAGUAUCAACUUGUUUUCUUAAUGUAUAUGCAUUGGUGAUCCAUAGUAAUAUUAGAAUGGUGAGAAGCUAUAUAUGUAUUUUACCAUCUGCUGGUAAGUUUUCGUCCUGUAUCUCAGCUCUCUUCUUCAGUAAGAUCCUAGUUUGGCUUAUGGAUUAAGAAAUUAUCCCUUGUUAUAUAUAAUGAUGAUCUAUUUGUUUUUCAA